AUGGGGAAGCACAAUGACAUCGAACUACGAACAGCUGCGACACCUUCGAACCGGUCGUCGAUGGAAGGCAGCGGAGGGACAACACCAGAAGAGCGCAUCGCAGAAGCAUCGAAUAUGGAUUCCAUCAACACCGGUCCGCCAAUACUGGAACCUCGAAACCCUAUCGAGCCUCUCGAAAACGUUCAAACAGACGCCGAAAGAGAUCAGCCGACCAUUAAGAAGAAGACAUACAAGCAUGCAAAAGCCUUGGAGAUCUUGAAAUGGUUCGUCAAAGACCAGUGGUUCCUCCUCGCAAUGGGUGCCGUAGUCCUUAUCUCAUCCCAAGUCCAAGUCCCAGCCUCACAGCAGCGCACAAAGCGGACGGUAAUCACAUACCUCGCAGUCUCCGUCAUCUUCUUCAUCAACGGCUGCACACUGGACACACGGGUCAUGCUCGCCAACUACAUGCGCUGGAAACUACACAUCUUCGUCCAAUUACAAUGCUACCUCGUCUGUUCAGCAGCCACCUUUGCCAUUGUCAGCCUAUGUGCGACGAAUCCCAACUUCAUGGACCCAUGGCUAUUGAUCGGCUUCCUGUUCGUCGGCAGCGCACCUACAACAAUGUCCAGCAAUGUUGUCAUGACGAGACAAGCUCAUGGAAACGCGGCGCUCACGGUAGUUCAAUCCGUCAUUGGUCAAUUCCUCUGUCCCUUUUUGACACCCAUCAUCCUGCAAAUGUAUCUUUCUACGGGAUCGUGGUAUAGCAAGGUUCUCCAGCGUGGCUCUGGUUACGCCGGCAUUUACCAGCGUGUCUUCAUGCAACUCGGCCUGUCGCUAUUCCUUCCAAUGUUGGUCGGACAGAUUGUACAACGCCUGUUCCCGAAGAUUACGAAGAAAGUGUUCUUCGAGUGGAAACUGCUCAAGCUUUCGUCAAUCGCGCUUCUCACGAUGGUGUGGCAGACUUUCGACCAAGCGUUCUCUUCUGGUGCGUUUGAGGCCGUGAAGCCGUCGAACAUCAUCUUCAUCGUCUUCAUCACAAUCGCGCUGUACUUCAUAUGGCUCGCCAUAUGCCUCACAGCCGCUACUUUGUGGUUGCCGAAGAAGGAUGUUAUUGCAUGCUGUUAUUGUUGCCCGGCAAAGGCUCUUGCUAUGGUUGUCCCCCUCACGUCGGUCAUGUACAUCAACAUCGAUCCGGUUGAUCAGUCGAAGAUGCAGAUACCUGCGAUCAUCUUCCAGGCUUUCCAGGUUGCUAUUGGUGGCAUCAUGACCAUUGGUUUCCGCAAGUGGAUCCGACCAGAAGAAGAAAAAGAAGAGGCGGAAAAGAACGUGGAAGCAGGCGCAGCGAAGUAG